AUUUUGUUUUAACUGUGUUCUAUGCAAAGUAAAAGAACAUGGGUGGUGGAGACCUGAACUCUAAGAAAUCAUGGCAUCCAAAUACUAUGAAAAAUCAAGAACGGGUUUGGAAAGCGGAAAAAGUAGCUGCCGAAGAGAAAAAGCGUAUACUGGAAUUGCAGCAAGAACGUGCCCAAGAAAAAGAUCGUCAGGAACUUAAUGAACUGGCAAGAAAAAAUGCAGCAAAUAAUUCAGAUAAUCGUUUGGAUUGGAUGUAUAAUAAACCUGAUAAACAGGUUCAACAUGAGGAAUACCUCCUCGGUAAAGCUAUUGACAAGAAUUUUGAGCAACAUGGAAAACCAGAGCAUAGUGAAAUUCCAGCAGUUGCUCGUAGAGUUGUGGGCUCAAGCAUGCUGUCAGCAGCUAGUGAUGUCCAAGUUGAUUUAGCUCGUAAGAUACGUGAGGAUCCACUACUGUUGGUAAAGGAACGAGAGAGAGCAGCUAGGGCAGCUCUGUUAAAUAAUCCUGUACAGCGUAAAAAGCUUACCGAGCUGUUACGUAAAGAACAAGAGCAGAAGAAAGGACAUAAGGAAAAAAAGAAACACAAAAAGAAGGAUAAAGAUUUAGAUAACAUGUUAGCAGCAAAACUUACAGCAUUGAGUUCUAACAAAAUUGAUUUGGCUAAACUUUUAGAGUCAGAUGAUUCUUCUGAUGACGAUUCCUCAAUAGAAGAAAAGUCUAAGAAGAAGAAAAAGAAAAGUAAGUCAAAAAACAAAAAUAGUGAUAAAUCACGUAAAAAGAAUAAAACAGAAAAGUCUAAGUCUAAGAAGCACAAAACCAAAAAUGACAGUUCUUCUGAUAGUGAUGAAAGUACAGAUACUGGUCAAAAACAAAGUAGAAAACGUAGUAGUUCUGGAGAUAAUGAGUCCGUACCACAUAAUAAAAAACAAAGAAACGAAAGUCCUGAACAAUAUUCACCUGAUAACAGACAAAAUAUUAGGCAUGAACCUCAAUAUAAACGAUAUUAUGAUUAUGAAUCGAGUCAAAGACAAUUUAAUAAGGUAAGUAGAGACAGGAAUGAAGAUAAAUAUGUUUCAAAUAAAUAUAGACAUCACAGUGAAGCACAAAGUAAUAGAGAAACUAAAAGAUGUAGCCCUAUCAGAAAGGUGAAUAGGAAUGAGAAGUCAAAUGAACAAUCAAGAAGUAAGAAGGGCCUAAGUGAUGCAGAAAAAGCAGCCAGAUUAGCUGAAAUGGUUGCAGCUGGGGCUGAAAGAGAAAUACAAAGGGGGCGCCGUGUUGCAGAACAAAAAGAAGAAAAUAAAGCAGCGGAAAAGGCUGCUGCUUCACGAAUGCCAUCACGGAAUGAAGCAAGGGCUAUUCCAGACUCACUAGAAAGUCGAAUCCACUCAAAUAGACAUUACAUUCAACGAAAUGAAAAACACAUGAGCGAAAACUUUGCAAGACGGUGAUGACUUCAAAGGAUAAAUGAAUCAAGAUUUAAAAUCAAAACGUUUUUAUUACAUAAUAAAUAGUUUAUGAUAUUAA